UGAUGGAGUGAGCUGGAGGAAGAUGCACUUUUAGACUGGAAUUGCGGUGAGCUGUGGAGAGUCAUCAGAGCGGCACACUGGCUGGAGCAGCGGUGGGCGGGACCAGAGGAAGUGUGGUGGAGGAGAGAGGAAUUUAAAGGUCUCAUUGUUCUGGGCGCAGCAGAGGCAGUCUGAGCAGAGUUUACACGUGCCAUUGAGAAGAUGAGUGUUCGCUCUACACCAGCAGGACGUCCAGCACGGUGCCUCAUCUGUAAAGACAAAUGCUUGGGGCUUCAGGAACAUUCUUGGAGGAAAGCCUGUACGGUUUGUGGCUGCAACACGGUCGACCAUGUUCCUGGCACCGAUGCUGACGACGACCAAAGAAUGGGCCGCCUGCUCGCAGACUCACCCUGCGCUCACCUGACGGCCAAGGUCAAAGGUGGUGGGGGCCUCCGCAUGUACAAGAGGAACCGCAUGAUCGUCACCAACCCGGUGGUGUCGCGCAAAGACCCGACAUUCAACACCACCACUUACGACUGGGCGCCAGCAAGCCUCAGCCAGAAGCUUGCUAUGAGGUACAUGGAACUCCUGCCAAAGAACCAGCGUCCAGUAUCCGGCACUGAGGGGGCUCUGCGGCGUCGCAGGCAGCUCCUCAGCCAACUUCCUGUCUACGACCUGGACCCCAUGAAGUGCCAGAGUCUGGGCAGCGAGGAUGAGAUCUCCUCCAUGCUGCUCUUUGUCCAGCACUACAAGCGGGAGGUGUUGGGGGUUGGCGAGGUGGGCUUACCUGGCGAGGGCGGAGCCCUGAUCCAAGCAGCCAAUCAGAGAGCAGCCAAAGAUGCCCAAGAGCUUGCCGGUGACAGCUGGGAUGAGCAUCCGGGAACCAACAAUAACACUGCUUCUGAUGCGGACAAGCAAUAUAUGUGCAGCGGUUGUCAUGGGGUCAUUUCCAGUGAGAUUCCAGUUGUAUUUGCUGAGCGUGCAGGUUAUAAGGAGGCCAUCUGGCACCCCACCUGCUUCGUGUGCUGGCAGUGUAAAGAGGGUCUGGUGGACCUGGUCUACUUCUGGUCCAAUCAGAAGCUGCUCUGCGGACGACACUACUGCCAGAGCAUCCGGCCACGCUGCAGCGGCUGUGAUGAGCUGAUCUUCACCGCCUCGUUCCACACGGCGAGCGACGGACAAACCUGGCAUCCUCAUCAUUACUGCUGCUGGAGAUGUGGACAGAACCUGGACACACCCUGUCAGCAUUGACAGCGACAUGAACACAACAGACACAGUUGGAACGCAAAGUUCGACUCGCAUACACGAGAACCUACACUAACACACUAGCGUAAGAACAGCUGUAAGAACUGGAACAUUCACGACACAAACUUUAACUGCUCUCGCACAUGAACACAAGCUAAGAAAAGACACUGAUACACAUUCACUUAGAUGCAGAUACAAAACAGCACACAGCAUGACUCGCACACCUGCAUGCAAAAAAACAACUGCACCCUCACAACACGAAGUUUUACUAACAAAUAUAACUGGAAACUACAAGAAAAAUCAGCAGAACUAUAUGAUUUGUACACACACAUGCAGGCAGAGUAACUCAAAGUAAUGUUAGACAUCAUGAACACACAAUCAAGUCACAAAUGCAAACUGACAAAUAUACACAGAGACACACUCAUACUUCACCUCUGACAUAAUGCUUUCCCCAGUCUCUCACCCUUAUCUUAACCAUCCAAAACAAAUGCAAACUUUAACCAGGACUCGAACUUAAACUCCAUUAUAAUGACACAGUUAUUUUGAUGUUUUUACCCUAAAACUCUACGCGGACAUAAGAUCAGUGUCUUGUCAAAGGUCCACACAAGAAUAUUAAUACUGGUACAAUGUCACAUGUUCAAGCUGCCUUGUGUAUAAUUAUUAACACAGUCACAAGUACAAAGCUUUAAAAAAAACAAAGCACAACACAGAUGUGCUAGCAUGCAUUUAAACAACAGUCACUCACAAACUUGCCGCUCAAACAUUACACGCACAUAUACAAAAACAGUUGCACAAAGGAAACGGCUUAACGGCAAAGACACUGACAGGCUGCUGUUUUGACUUUCGGCAUGCUAGCUUUAAAAGACACCCCGAGUGCAUGUGUGCUUUGAGGGAAAGAAGCUGCUCUGCUCUGAGUCUCUGUAAGAUGACUGACUCCACAUAGUUAAGGACACUUGUAUCUGGUCGGUCCCAGUCCAGAGAACAAUCCAGACAGUGUUGGAUGUAGAGAACUGGAAAGUUGAAAAAGGCUGGAAGUUCAAGAGCCAAUAAAUGU